CCACUCCCAGCGACUCCACCACAGAAGCGGCGGCGGCGGCGGCGGAGGAGGGAGCGGAGGAGGCGAAGGCGAGGACGCGAGGGAGGGAGAGGAGCACCAGCCAUGGUGCACGUCAGCUUCUACCGCAACUAUGGUAAGACAUUCAAGAAGCCAAGGCGUCCUUAUGAGAAGGAGCGUCUUGAUGCUGAGCUGAAGCUUGUCGGUGAGUACGGGCUGAGGUGCAAGCGUGAGCUGUGGAGGGUCCAGUAUGCUCUGAGCAGGAUCCGUAAUGCUGCAAGGCACUUGCUCACACUUGAUGAGAAGAACCCCCGCCGUAUCUUUGAGGGUGAGGCGCUACUCCGCCGCAUGAACCGCUAUGGGCUGCUUGCUGAGGGUCAGAACAAGCUUGAUUACGUCCUUGCCCUCACUGCUGAGAACUUCCUGGCAAGGCGCCUUCAGACUCUUGUCUUCAAGGCUGGCAUGGCCAAGUCCAUCCACCAUGCUCGUGUCUUGAUCAAGCAACGCCACAUCAGGGUUGGCAGGCAAAUUGUCAACGUCCCAUCAUUCAUGGUGAGGGUGGAGUCCGAGAAGCACAUUGACUUUUCACUGUCAAGCCCGUUUGGCGGAGGCCCCCCUGGCAGGGUGAAGAGGAAGAACCAGAAGAAGGCAAGCGGUGGUGGUGGCGAUGGCGGUGAUGAGGAUGAGGAGUGAGGAUGAACCAGUAGCCGUUACCUGAUAUAAUAUUAUCUAGUUGUCAUAAACUUGUUGGUAUCUUGAGCUCUUAGCUGUGGCCUGAAUGCUCAGUCCCCUGUGCUGACUCGGUGUCAUGGAUGCUUUAUCGAUGCUUUAUCGUUUUAUCUUGCAGUGUUAUUAGCCUAUACUUAGCUGCUAUGUUUGGAGAUGUUUAAUUGAGUUGUGUUUCGUUUCGACUUCUGUUGCCAUCAAAGCUGUACCUGUUUUCUCUGCACCUAUGAUUUACCAAGUUGUUCACAUAA